AUGGAGAGUGCGGUCGAAGAGGUGCGCUGGGUCAUCACUCCGCAAGAUCUCGUCGUGACAAGUCAACAGGAUGAUGAUGACGAGGAUAUUCCUCCACUGAACGGAGUCGUGGUCACCCCACAUCCGACAAAACAUCCACACGGGGUAAACAUCAUACACGACGAACAUCAUCCAGACGACUUGGUUAUUGAGCUGCCUUCGGACACGAUGUUCUUUCAAAUGUUUUCCCAGGCGCUUCGCUCCCUGGAACAUCUCGCUUCUGUCCUCAAAGAUCAGUUCACUCAGGACGUCAUAGACCUUGCUCAGACAAUCAGCGAUGCGUGUCGGCCGACUCGGCGGGGUAAACGUGACUUAGCCAUAUGGCGUGAGAUUUUCAGCCUCUGGAUAGAGGCUCAAAUCUUCGAGAAUGUGUCGGAGCGACAUAGGGGAGAACGAAGCGUUGAAGAGACGGAGAUCAGAUUGAAAGCCUUUGCCGCCGAACUCGUCAAGCGACGUCUUGAUUCACGGAGAAUGAAGAGCAUUCAGUGCAGGAAGGCAUUUGAUCGGUUCAUGCAAUUAAACGUCAUGCUACUAGAUCUUAAGAAGUUCCAAAAGGCAAAUGCCGAAGCCGCCCGCAAGAUUCUGAAGAAACACGACAAACGAACCGCUUUGAAGGGGACAUCCGAGUAUGCUGCGCUUGUCAGAUCUUCUGUACCUCAGGACGACUCGUCUCCAUUGCUCAUCGCACCCUGGUUGACAAAAACCACUUUGCCCCAUGUGCUUCUCACCGCGCUCACGGAGAAACUACUGCCUGUCAUACCCCAAAUUGAGGACUAUUCCUGUGCGAUAUGUACCUCAAUUGCUUUCAAGCCUAUUCGUUUAGACUGUGGUCACUUAUUUUGUGUUCGCUGCUUGGUGAAAAUGCAGAAAAGGGGACAGGACGAUUGUCCUCUAUGUCGGGCACCUGUCGUGCUCAAGGCUAACGGAGACAACGUUGAUUGGGCCCUUCUUCGGUUCAUGCAGGAGUGGUUCCCGGGGGAAACUAAGGUAAAGGAUGCGGCCAACCAGCGGGAAUCUGGUGAAGAACAGCUAGAAGCCAUGGGGCUUAAUGGGAAAUGCUUGGUUAUGUGA